AUGAACACGUCCAAGACCGACCACAUCAUCGUACGCCGCAGCCCCACAGCGCAGUCCAAGCGGAUUACACGUGCCAAGGAUGGAUACUGGCGCAUUACGCGCAAAUUAGGUUCUCUCCUCGGCGGCGCAGAAGACGUCUCCCGCCGCAAAAAUUUAGCGUCCGCCACGCUCCACCGCAUGUGGAAAGUUUAG